AUCCCACAAUGCAUUGCAAAAAACACAGGUCCUUGUUAGAGGCAUAACGUAGCUAGCAAGUUAGCCAUUGAAAGACCGAUCAAAUAUCGUUCAUAUAGUAAUUUAGACUGACUUAUAUGAAAACAGAUAUAAUACGUUGGUUACAAGAGUACAUUGUGUGCACGACGCCUGUUUUCAGGUCACUCCACCUCCCAAGAUGUCGUACCCCCCUCACCUGAACCGCCUCCCCCAGUUGCCCCCCGGGAUUCGCCCUCCCCACUUCGCAGGGUUCCCCCAGGGAGUCCCAGCAGGUACACCCAUGAUUCCAGUCCACAUGGGGAUAAUGACCUCUGCACCUACGGUCCUGGUUCCUACCACAGUGUCUAUGGUCCAGAAGCCUCCUGCUCAGAGGAAAGAGCUGAACCCAGUCAGAGCCAAGGAGAACCAGGAGGGGGGCAGUGGUCCCACCACCACAGUGUUUGUAGGGAACAUCUCCGAGAAGGCUUCAGACAUGCUGGUCAGACAGCUGCUAGCGAAAUGUGGCCUGGUCCUGAGCUGGAAGAGGGUCCAAGGGGCUUCUGGGAAACUGCAAGGUAAAAACAAAACAGCGUUUGGUUUCUGUGAGUACAAGGAGCCAGAGUCCACCCUGCGUUCCCUGCGUCUGCUACACGAGCUGUUGCUGGGAGACAAGAAGCUGCUGGUCAAGGUGGAUGCUAAGACCAAGGCCCAGCUUGAAGAAUGGAAGGCUAGGAAGAGGAACUCCAACGGGGGAGCCAUGUCAGAGGACGGGCUCAAGGAGGAGGAAGAAGAGGAGGAGGAGGAGGAUCUUGAUGAGGACACAAAGCGCCGUGACCAGAUAGUGAAAGGGGCCAUCGAGGGGUUGAUCCGGGAGUACGGCAGUGAGCUCAACGCCCCUUCUCAGGACGGAGACAACCAGCCCCGCAAGAAGAAGAGAGAGAAGAAAGAGGAGGAGGACAUCAAUGUGAUGGAGAUGGAGGAUGACAAAAGAGACCUGAUAUCCAGAGAGAUCUCUAAGUUCCGGGACACUCACAAGAAACUGGAGGAGGAGAAGGGUAAGAAAGAGCAGGAACGGCAAGAGAUCGAUAAGGACAGGAGGGAGAGGGACAAAGAGAGGGAGCGAGAGAGGGAGCGCCGGGACCGCGAGAGGGAGAAGGAGAAGGAGAGAAACGACAACAUCAAGGAGAGAGAGCGGGACAGAGACCGGGACCGCAUCGAUCGGGAACGUGAACGGACGAAGGAGAGAGAAAGGGAGAGGGGAGAGAGGGAACGAGGAGAGAGGGAACGGGGAGAGAGGGAACGAGGAGAGAGGGAGCGAGGAGAGAGGGAACGCGUGAAGGAGCGGAGUCGAGAAGUCAGCAAAGACCGCAGUAAAUCCAGAGAACGGAGCCGCGAUGAGAAGAAACACGACCGCGAGGAAGAUCAGGAGGAGGCGUACGAACGCAGGAAACUGGAGAGGAAGAUGAGGGACAAGGAGACUGCUUACCAGGAACGUCUGAAGAACUGGGAGAUCAGGGAGAGGAAGAAGGCUCGGGACUACGACAAAGAGAACCAGAGAGAGGAGGAGAGACGCCAUGAGAUGACCAAAGAAGCCAAGCGUCUGAAAGAGUUCCUGGAAGAUUAUGACGAUGACAGAGAUGAGUCCAAAUACUACAGGGGUAGUGCUUUACAGAAACGUCUGAGAGACCGUGAGAAGGAGACGGAGCUGGAUGAUAGAGACCGGAAGAGGGAGAAGGAGGAGCAUGAUCAGAUCAGACAGAGACUGUUAGCUGAGGGACACCCAGACCCUGAGGCCGAGCUGCAGAGGAUGGAGGAGGAGGCAGAGCGGAGGCGGCAGCCCCCAGUGAAGCCGGAGGAGGAGGUGCAGCAGGAGAAACCACACAGGGAGAGGGAGCACAGGGAGCACCGAGAGAGGGAGCACCGAGAGAGGGAGCACCACAGGGACAGGAGAGGAGGAGGAGGUGGUGGAGGUGCAGACAGGCCUCCUCCCGAACACCCUCAGUCCCAAUCAGACGAUGACGUGGAGGAUGGAGAGGAGCUUGACGAUCGUGACGGGGACGACUCGUCAGACGCCAGGACACACCCACACCUCAAGCCCACACUGCGGCCAAUCACGUCGGCACCCUCUGUGUCGUCGGGCAGCGGCGGCGCCACGCCCAACUCCCCUGGCAACGAGUCUCCGUGUGGCAUCAUCAUUCCUCAUGAGAACUCUCCAGACGCCCAGCCCACAGAUGAACACCGGCCCAAGAUAGGCCUCAGCCUCAAACUGGGAGCCGGCGCCAGCCCCAGCCAUCAGGUCCACACUGGGAGUAAACGUAAGAAGCUGGCCAACGUCGACAGCGUCUUCAACAAGUUCGGCGAGGAGGAGGCCGACGAGGCGCCUCGUAAACGUAAGCUGGUUCCGCUGGACUACGGCGAGGAUGAUAAGAGCUUGGGUCUGGACGGGGCAGAGGUACCCGGAGGGAAGGGAGGACAAAACACAGAGGAGAAACGGAAACACAUCAGGAGUCUCAUUGAGAAGAUCCCUACAGCCAGACCGGAGCUGUUUAACUACCCUCUGGACUGGACUGCUGUGGACUCGACUCUGAUGGACCGUCGCAUCAGACCCUGGAUCAACAAGAAGAUUAUAGAAUAUAUCGGAGAGGAGGAAGCUACGCUAGUCGACUUCGUUUGUUCGAAGGUCAUGUCUCACGGCACACCGCAGGGGAUCUUGGAUGAUGUUGCCAUGGUUCUGGACGAAGAGGCCGAGGUGUUCAUAGUUAAAAUGUGGAGGCUGUUGAUCUACGAAACGGAGGCCAAGAAGAUUGGCCUGGGGAAAUGAAGACUAGUACUACUACAGUACUACUAUCUAGUACUACUACAGUACUACUAUCUAGUACAACUACAGUAUUACUGCUGUCAAGGACAGUUUUUUCUUCAAGUCUCUUUAUGUCUCUGACUGAUCGACUGAUCACACGGACACCUCUCACUCAGUAGGGUGUCGAGACUAUGAACAUGGGCCUGUUACCAGUCCUCUACCCCCCAACCACCCUCUACCGCUCCCCGACCCCCUCUACCCCCUCUCUACCUCUCCCCAACCCCCUGUACCCCAAUCCCUCCCUACCCCCCUCUACCGCUCCCCGACCCCCUCU